AUGAAGAGAUUUGAUCUAUUUUACGAGUUUUCUAAUCAAUAAUUAGGAUAAGGAGUGUUCGGAUAAGUUUAUUUAGCAAAGAAGAAAACCACUUAAGAAUAGGUGGCAGUCAAAAUUUUACCCAAAAAUAAUCAAUUGACCUUGAGUGAGAUUGAAAUUCUGAAUGAAUUAGUCAAACAUUCGCAUCCUGCCAUAGUGAGAAUAAUUGAUGUGUAUGAUCAGGGCACUCAAGUAUAUGUAGUUUAAGAAUUCUGUAAUAGUGGCACUCUAUUUGAUUUUAUGAAAAAGAAACCUCAAUAUUUGGGUGAGGAACAUUGCAUUGAGAUUCUGGAACAAGUUGCCCAAGGGUUAGAUUAUUUGCAUAAGAUCAAUAUUGUUCAUAGGGAUAUUAAACCAGAAAAUAUUUUAAGAACCACCUAUAAUGGCUAGAUUUACUAUAAGAUCUCAGAUUUUGGAUUGGGUUGUAUUGGUGAUGUCAAACUCACUUCUAAAUUUGGGACUGCCUACUAUGUUGCUCCUGAAAUCAUCGAUGGAAGAGCAGAAUUAUAUGGGUAUGAUAAAACAGUCGAUAUUUGGGCCUUGGGAUUAAUGUUUGACGAAUUGUUACAUGGCACUCCAUUUUUUGAUGGUCAUACUGAAGACGAAGUCUUUAUUAAAAUCAGGAAUGAACCCUACUAUCCAAGAAAGCAUGAAUAUUCAGGUAGCCGUUUGCCACCAAGAAAACAAAUAGUUGCUAACAUUCUUAUGGGAAUGAUUAAUAAAGAACCGAAUCAAAGGAAAUCGUUACCAUGGAUACUUGAUUUAAUAAGACAAUACAAGUAGAAUGUUAACAAUAGUUCCAUCUCUCUUUUAAAUUAAGUCCCCUUUACUUAAACGCCUAUUUCACCACUGUUGAUUAAUGAUUUAGAUGUUAUUCAAGACAGGAAAUCCAUUUAUCAACAAAAAUGUGCCAUACACAAUCAACCAGCCAUUUAUAGGAUGCCAAUUAAGGAUUAGGAUAUUGAUGUUUCAAGAAUAGUCUCUGCAUGUUCUAAAUGUUUAAGAAGCAUUGGAGUUUAUGAAUUGGAUACCUUAUAAAAGAAAGUUGACGAGGCCUUACGUAUAUUAACUAUGGAGAAUUUUGAUCAAUUCUUUACCUAGAGUUAUAUCAAAUAAGAAUUAAAGGAAAUGAGGGUAGAGGAUGAUUAAUUACAAUCAAAAUACGAUGCCAUCCUUAUGGAUUAAUAGAAAAAGGCUAAGGUAGAAUACACUACUAAGAUUAAGUAAUUGGUGAAUUUUAGAGAUAAGAAUUAUACAUCUGAUGAAUAAUGGCUGAUAUAUGUGGCAGAAAAACUGACAGAUUCAACUGAAAAUGAGUUUGUAUUAUACAUUAAGGAAGAUUUGGCUUAAUUUAGUGAACAUGGAGUUGAAGAUUGUAGGCAUCAGAUUAACUAAGUUCUUUGA